UUACAACAUCAGCAAACAAUAGUUUUAGAAAAGAAAGAACAUUAUAAAUAGUCCAAAAAAAUGGACACUACUUUACUGGGGAUGAAGGAUAUGAGGAAUAUUAAGUUUUGGUUGUUGGUGGUUUAUCUAGUGGUUAUGGCCCAUCAGUGGCAGAGGAUUACUGGCUCCGCCACUAUGCUCGACAUGUGUUGGGAGGAAGAGAGAAAUGCUCUCUUAGAUUUACAAGCAAACAUGAUGAGUUCAAAUGGUGGAGACUUAGCCCUUUGGGUAGCCUAUAAUGAGAGUGGUUUUUUGGAUUGUUGUUCUUGGCGUUGGGUAAAAUGCAACUUAGCAACAGGUCGAGUGAUUGAACUCAAUCUCAAAGCAGUAAGGCAAGGAGCAGGGGAUGGUUGGAGUUUUAAUGCCACUCUAUUUCUUCCAUUCAAAUCACUAGAAGUUCUUAUAUUGUCUGAUAAUUAUAUUAUAGGGUCGACCAAAAAUGAAGGAUUCGACAAAUUGUCACGUCUGACCAACCUGAAAGUACUCGAUUUGCAGUCAAAUUAUCUCCGCUUUUCAAAUGUUUUAACACCUCUGUGUUGGAUAUCAUCUCUUGAGGUUCUACGACUUAAUCCUUUGCCGAGCACACAACUGGAUGCAACUAAAUUCCCUCCGUUGAAAAAUCGCUCUAUGCCUAUAGAUGAAGGCCUAAGUGAGAAAUGUCCCGGGAUGAGCAAUUUAAGGGUACUCACGUUGACAGGUUAUGAAAUCAAUGACAUCAACGCCCUUUCUGCACUGGGUUUUGGUACACAUACUGGAUUGAGGAAUUUAGAGAGACUCUAUUUGUUUGACAAUGACUUCAAUUCCACCAUCUUUUCAUCUCUCAAGCAUCUUCCAUCUCUCAAGCAUCUGGAUCUCUAUAACAAUGACAUUGAUGGAAAAAUUGAAAUGAAUGAUAUAAUUGCCUUGAGCAAUUUGGAAUUUCUAGAUCUCCGGAUGAACAAUUUUGAGGGCUUUGUGACUACCAAAGGUAGUAAAAGAAUGAGUUCUCUAAGGAAUUUAAGACUUGGAAGUUCUAAUUCCAACUCCACCAACAUCUUACAAUCCUUAAAAUCAUUCUCAUCUCUCAAGGGGCUUUCUUAUGAAUAUAGUGAUCUCACUGCUUCUGCCAUAACUUAUGAGUUGAGAAAUCUAAGCACACUGGAGUACUUGUACUUGGAGGGAUCUUAUUUAAAUGAGAAUUUUCUUUCAAGCAUUGGACAAAUGACUUCUCUUAAAGUGUUGAAUAUCGCUUUUGGUGGGGGUUAUGGCACCCUCCCUAAUCAAGGUUGGUGCGAACUCAAAAACCUCCAAGAUGUGUCAUUCGUUAACAAUGAUUUCGAGGGAACACUUCCUUCAUGUCUUGGAAACUUGACAUCACUUCGAUGGCUGAGACUUGAUGAGAAUAGCCUCACUGGAAAUAUAGCUUCAUAUCCUCUUUGGAGAAGACUCACAUCACUUGAGUUCUUGGAUAUUUCAUCUAACCAAUUUGAAGUUCCACUAUCAUUCAAUCAAUUCGCCAACCACUCAAAACUUACCUACUUGAAUGUUGGGUAUAAUACUAUAACUACAGAUACCGAAUUCAAGAAUUGGGUCCCGAAUUUCCAGUUGCAGCUUUUUGCUAUUCAGGAAUGCAUAAACCUUCAAAAAUUGCCUUUUUUCCUCCAUUACCAGCAUGACUUGAGAGUUCUUGCUAUAGACACAAAUCAUUUACCAGGAAACUUUCUGACUUGGUUGUUAAAGAAUAACACCAGACUUGCAGGCCUUUACGCUAGAGAUAACGCUUUCAUCGGACCAUUGAAGUUGCCAUCCAGUACUCAUUUCUGUUUAAAGGAACUUGAUGUCUCUAAUAACAAACUAAGCGGACGUGUUCCAGCAAACAUAAGUUCAAUCUUCCCAGUGCUUCAAAUUCUGAACAUGUCAACAAAUUUGCUUGAAGGUCCUAUACCUUCUGAUAUUGGCGGCUUUAAUUUAGUUGUGCUAGACCUCUCUCUCAAUUUCUUGUCUGAAGGAGUUCCUAGCGAUCUGGCAAUUGGUUCUCCAGGACUGACUUACCUCCGGCUGUCAAACAACAAGUUGUCAGGGCAAAUAUUUUCAAAGGAUGUCAGACCAAGUAAAUUAUUUUACUUGUACUUGAAUGGCAAUAGGUUUGAGGGACCGUUACCUAGUAACAUUUUUCUCAAACCCCUUAUUGCACUGGAUGCUAGCAGCAAUAACUUCUCUGGAGAGAUUCCGAGAUGGAUUAGAGAUAACACAAGAUUGUUACAGCUCGAUGUGGCUAGAAAUCAUCUCGAAGGCUCAAUUCCAGUUGAGAUUUGCAAUUUGAAGCUCAUUCGGAUCUUAGCUUUGUCCGAAAACAGACUUUCAGGUUCUGUUCCUUCUUGUGUGAGUGGUUUACCCCUUGAACACAUCCAUCUAGACAAAAAUCAAUUGGGUGGUGAACUUGAAGAUUCACUUUUCAACAUCUCUUCUCUGAUAACAUUGGAUCUUGGCCGCAACAGUUUUACAGGAAGUAUCCCACACACCAUAGGCUCACUUUCAUAUUUGAACUUCCUUCUCCUCAAUAAUAACCAAUUGGAAGGAGAAAUUCCAACUCAGAUUUGUCUGCUAAACAAGUUAUCCAUCAUGGAUUUGUCUUUUAAUAAGCUUUAUGGCCCUCUCCUUCCUUGUUUGGGUAACUUAACACAAGCGGAAAAUGAUGCAGAAGCUAGAAGUGUAUAUUAUCAUCUACCUUACAGGUUAGCGUGGCUAGAAUUCUCGGAUUGGAUAAGUUCAACAAGGCACUACCGGCACUACCACAUUUCAUAUGGAGUUCUAAGUGACUUCUCUAUGGUAGAUGUGGAAAACCAGGUCCAGUUUUCAACAAAAAGAAACUCUUACACUUAUAAAGGAAGCAUUCUAAAAUAUAUGACUGGUAUUGAUCUCUCAAGUAACAAAUUAACAGGUGAAAUUCCCAUUGAGCUAGGGAACUUGAGCAAAGUACAUGCAUUGAAUCUAUCGCACAACCAUAUCUUUGGAAGAAUCCCAAAUACAUUCUCCAAUUUACAUGAAAUCGAGAGUUUGGACCUAUCCUACAACAACUUGAAUGGGAGAAUUCCUGUUGGCCUACUUGAGCUAUAUUCUUUGGAGAUAUUCAGUGUAGCAUACAAUAACUUAUCUGGUGCAUUACCACCAUUUAAAGCUCAGUUCUCAACUUUCAAUAAAAGCAGCUAUCAAUGGAAUCCUUUGCUUUGUGGUUCUCCAUUAGACAACGAGUGUAGCGAUACUAAAUCGUCAAAUAACUCAAAUGAUGGAAGUGAGGAAUCUGAAGGCUUUGUGGAUAUGGAGGAAUUCUACAUCGGCUUUAUUGUGUCUUAUGGAGCGAUCUUGAUGGGACUAGCUGCAGCACUCUUCCAUCCUUAUUGGAGAACAGCAUGGUUUAGGCUUGUUGAUGUUUUGAUGUUCUCUUCUUACUAUUUUCUGUUAGACAAUGUUGUUACACCCCUCAAGAAUAGAUGGUGGAGGAACCUUAGGUAAUUGUUGUUCUCACUCUUAGGGUCGUUGUUAUGCUAGGAUUAGUAAUGCUGGAGUUAGUUAUGAUGGCAAUAUUUCUUAUCGACCGUUUGGUUUAUUGUAUUAAAAAUAACAUGCAUUGCUUAACUUCUGAAUAGGGUGUAUAAGAAUAGUAUGAUAUUAUUAAUGCUAUGGUUUAUUAUGUAUAAGAAUAGUAUUGAAUAUGGUGUAUAAGCAAUACUGAUAUUAAUUGUGCUAGACUUAAAUUUUGCAACCAAACAUUGUACUAUAAUUUUUUAAUUUUUUAAUGAAGAACAUUGUACUAUAAUUUA